AUGCUCCUGCUCCUGCUCCUGCUCCUGCUCCUGCUCCUGCUCCUGCUCCUGCUCCUGCUCCUGCUCCUGCUCCUGCUCCUGCUCCUGCUCCUGCUCCUGCUCCUGCUCCUGCUCUUCUGCCUUGUGCUUCUUGAGACUCUUGCCAAAGCCUCGUUGGCCGCCGCACUUUGCUGGGCGUCAGGGCGUGUUUCGCUUUCUGGAAGAGUCGCCUAUAUGGUGCGAAAUAUCGGAAGGGCUCUUCGUAGAGCAUGCAAGCGAGGUAACACAGAGCGGCAGAGCGAGGCCUUGAGGCACAACAUCACUUCGGGUGGCGCUACGGCCACGCCAUCAGACGAGACAUGA